AUGAAUAAGUAUCUGAACAGGUCUGAAGCAUGGAGAUGCAGAAAGUUCAGUGACGGUUUAAGGUACGAGCUGAAGAAGACUAUUGUUUCUAUGGGGAUUGUGGAGUUCCCAGUUCUAGUUGAAAAAGCAAAAAUAGUUGAGAGAUUUGAAGGAGGAAAUAGAGUGACAAAGGGUACAGAGGGAUCAUCUGGACUUGGGAGGGGGAAACAUCCUCAAAAGAGACCAUCUCAGUUUCAAAUUGGAAAUGCUAAUAAGAAACCAAUGGGGACUACUACUACAGGAGCUGUUCAGAGUAUUAGAUGUUACACAUGUGGAGGCCCACAUAUGAUGAGGGACUGUCCUACAAAGAGCUAUACGUGUUUUAAAUGUGGUAAGGUGGGUCACAUGGCUAAAGAUUGCAAUGUCAGAAAUACUUCUGCUAGAGAGAACCAGAAAAUGGAUCGGCCUACUGCAACAGGUUGUGUUUUUGCUUUGACAGGUGCUGAAGCUGAAACGUCAUCUGAGCUGGUAAAGGGAAAGGGCAAAGCUGAUGGGAUGGAUUGGCUUUCUGCCAAUAGGAUUUUGAUAGAUUGUUCAGAGAAGAGAUUAAUCUUUCCUACUGUUGAACAGGAGAGAUUUAUUUUUAGUGGACAGGUGGAUGGGUUGUUGAAGGGUGGAGCUCUUGGGUUUAUGAUCCUAUCUUUUAUCAGUGUAGAGAAUGAAAAGUUGUUAAAUAGUAUCGAUGUUGUCAGAGAUUUCCCAGAGGUUUUUUCGGAUGAUGUUCCGGGGUUACCACCAAAGCGAGAGUUGGAGUUUAGUAUUGAUCUUAUACCAGGGGUGGGACCAGUGUCUAUUUCUCCUUAUAGAAUGGCACCAGUGGAGUUGUCUGGAUUGAAGAAGCAGGUUGAAAAGCUUUUAGAGAAGCAAAUGAUCAGACCUAGUGUAUCUCCGUGGGGAGCACCAGUGUUAUUGGUAAAAAAGAAGGAUGGUGGUUUGAGGUUAUGUGUGGAUUACAGGCAGUUAAAUAAAUUGACAAUCAAGAAUAAGUAUCUAUUGCCAAGAAUAGAUGAUUUGAUGGAUCUGUUGAGGGGAGCUUCUAUUUUCUCCAAGAUUGAUUUGAGGUCAGGUUAA